UGCCAGUGUAGAUCUGAUGGACACAGGAUGGUGGACUUAGCCUCAGUGCAGGGGGGAAAGUGCAGAGUCCAUCUCCCUUGACUCUGUUUUGGCUUUUGAAACAGUGUCUCUCAGUCCAGACAGGCCUGGAAGCUGCCGUGUAGCUGAGGCCGCCUGCCUCUCUGAAGCGCUAGGGUUGCAAGUGUACAUCCCAUGCCAGUUUAUUCCUUUGGCUGCAAGACGGUUUGUCUAUAAAUGCCUUAGACCUAAAGGCUUUAGCUUUUUCUGGAAACAGGGAAAAGAAAAGAAACAGCCACACUAGUCAUCUGCCACAGAAUAACAGUGGUGACACAUUGUUGAGCACUUAGGUGUGAUGUGCGCUCAAGCCUCCGAGGGAAUAGCACAGCAGUUUACAGCCUGCUGAGGGUUAGGUCAACUGACUUCCCAGAGCUCCAUAGCUGGCAAGCCCUGUGUCAGAUUGGAACCUAGGACCAUCGUUACAGCAACUCGUAACACAUUACAGAAACUUACCCCAUGAACCCUCAGGACAGAGCCCGAGACGUGGACGAAAACAAAAGUUAGGCUAACCUUGGACUUGUAACUAAAGCAGAUACCAUUGUCGUGUCUUUGCUGAUACUACAAAGGUCGUCCCCAGUGCUCUCCCCAGGAAAGGAGAGCCGGACUCUGCCAUCUAAACUCUACUGGAAAAAUAAGGCACACCCAGGAAAGUCCCAGAGCCCAUGUCCCCACGGCUGAGAAAAUGGCCAGACUGGAACCUGGUUCCCUAGGGCGGUGAGCCUGAGAUGACAGUCCCACUGAGGCGGGGGUGGGGCGUGGGGGAGGUGUGCUUGGAGAUUUCCUUGAAAGGCAUCGAGGCUUCCCUCUGCUCUCUCUCCUAACUCCCCAACCCUGGUCCCACAAAUGGUGUUUGUAAUUCAAUCUAGAUUCCUCUCAUAGCCCCCUCUCUGCAUAUGCGCCCUUUUAUUUACAGCUCUGGACAAACUGAUUGGCUAGCAGUUUGGCACCCUGCAGGCUUCAGUCCACUGUCUGGGAGGAGGGGCGGGGAGCAGAGAGCACUGUGACUUGGCUUCCCAGAGCGCAGGAGCCAAGAGGCACCGCUGAAGUAAUAGCAAGGUGUUGACCACAUUGGACAGCGCCAGGAGCCUCAUUUGAUCCGGCUGCCUUAACUCUCCUACAAAUUAGUCCUUUAAAACUUUCUCCAAGCAAAGGAGGCCACACCAGGCUUCAGCACCCGCCUCUUCCUGUCUCUAGCCUCGGUGGUUUCUUGCCUCCUGCAUCUGGCAUUGGGAGACUUUACCCUGAGGCCCUGUUGACUGCUGUUUACUGCACCCCUCGUCUGAAGAGCUCGGUCUGUCAAGGUGCCAACCUUUCCUGAUGAAAUGUGUUCUGCCCCACUGGGCUCCAAAGGCAGUGUCUGGUGCUGUUGAUGCCCUUGUUGGAAAUUUCCAGAAUGGAUAGCCCCCCUAAGCUGACUGGAGAGACCCUCAUCGUCCACCAUAUCCCCUUAGUGCACUGCCAAGUCCCAGACAGGCAGUGCUGUGGGGGCGCCGGUGGAGGUGGCAGGGGAACAAGAGCCAAUCCCUUCUGCCCCCCGGAGCUGGGCCUUACUCAGCCCGACCAAGACCUAGGACAAGCUGACUCCCUCUUGUACACCAGCCUGCACUCGGCCCCAGGGGCACCGACACGGUCUUCAGACGGCGUCAAGAGUAGGAGUCGGGAUGGACGAGGCCCUGGAGCUCCCAAACGGCACAAUCCCUUCUUGGUGCAGGAAGGUGUGGGUGAGACAGGACUCGGUGACCUGCACGAUGGCAGCACUGGUGACGGUGCCACCCAGCAGUCGUUCCACCUGCACAGCACCAGCCAGCCCUUCCAUCUGUCUUCUUUCCAGCUGCCACCAUCUGGCCCCGGACAGGGCAGGCCGUGGGGCGCAGCACGCAGUCGGCCUGGAGUGGUGGAGGGGCAGGAACAGGACCCAGCGACCACCUUGGGGACCCAGUGCAGCAAUAGCCACUGCUGCCGACCAGAGCCGGAGGCUGAGACGAUGGAGCUGGACGAGUGUGGGGGACACGGGGGAAGUGGCAGUGGAGGGGGCAACAAUGACAUCUCUGGCUUUUCCUUUGAACAAGAGUGGAAGCUCAGUUCCGACGAAUCCCCGAGACACCCUGGGCGUUCCGGUUCGGGAGCUCAGCACUGCCACUGCAGUAGCACGUCCAGUCAGUCCGAGGCAGCUGACCAGUCCAUGGGCUACGUCAGCGACUCCUCCUGUAACAGCUCCGACGGGGUGCUAGUCACGUUCAGCACCCUCUACAACAAGAUGCACGGCAGCCCCCGUGCCAACCUCAACUCCGUCCCUCAGUCCUGCAGCGACUCCUCCUUCUGCAGCCACGCAGACCCUGGAGCCUUUUACCUGGACCUGCAGCCCUCCCCAGCCGAGUCAAGAAUGUCUUGUGAGUCCCACCACCCCGAGAGUGGGGACAGGGAAGAGGGCUGCGGGUGUCCUCAUGCCUCGUCCCCUGAGCUCGAUGCCAACUGCAACGCCUACCGCCCACACUGUGAGCCCUGCCCAGCCGUGGCUGACCUCACAGCCUGCUUCCAGAGCCAGGCCCGCCUUGUAGUGGCCACACAAAAUUACUAUAAACUUGUCACCUGUGACCUGUCCUCCCAGUCCUCCCCGAGCCCCGCUGGCUCGUCCAUCACCAGUUGCUCAGAAGAACAUACCAAGAUAAGUCCUCCACCAGGCCCCGGCUCAGACCCGGACCCCAGCCAGCCCUCUGAGUAUUACCUCUUCCAGAAGCCAGAGGAACAAGAAGCAGUGGGUUCCUCAACAGAAGCAGCGACCACCAUGGGCCCCACUGUCCUUGAAGGGCAAGUGUACACAAAUACUUCCCCCCCCAACCUCAGCACUGGCCGGCAACGCUCUCGGAGCUAUGAUCGAAGCCUAGAGCGCAGCCCCGCCGUUCGCCUGGGCUCACUGGAGCGCAUGCUAAGUUGUCCAGUGCGCUUAAGUGAGGGCCCCGGGGCCCUGGCUGGGCCUGCUUCCCCGCCCAGGAGGGUUACCUCAUUUGCUGAGUUGGCCAAAGGCCGGAAGAAAGCUGCAGGCUCUGGCUCCCCACCACUUCGGGUGAGCAUCGGAGAGUCUUCCCAGGAGUUCUCGCCCAUCCAAGAAGCCCAACAAGAUAGGGCAGGCCCACUCGAUGAGGGCACCCGAUGUAGCCAUAGCCUGCCGUCCAUGCCCUUGGGGCCAAGCCUGGACCUCCUUGGCCCAGAACCCUGGUCCACCCAGGUUUGUCAGGACCCCCAGUCCAGUGAGAUGCUACUUCCUAGCCUCAGAGCUUCUGGGCAGGGACUCUUGGCGCAGCCGAUGGAUCCUGUGCCUGCUCUCCUAGGGAGCCCAGCCAACAGCCAUACCCAGAGGGAUGCAAGAGCUAGAGCUGACGGGGGUGGCACUGAAAGCCGACCCGUCCUUCGCUACAGCAAGGAACAGAGGCCGACCACCCUACCUAUCCAGCCGUUCGUGUUCCAGCAUCACUUCCCCAAGCAGCUGGCCAAGGCCCGGGCCCUCCACAGCCUUUCCCAGCUCUACAGCCUCUCGGGCUGCAGCCGCGCACAGCAGCCUGCCCCACUGGUUAUCUCUACUGCUCAAGGCUCAGCCCCAGCUCCCUCAGGAGAACCACAGGCAUUCCCAUCCCAGACUACUGGCCGAGGUGCCAGAAACGCUGGGCCUGAGCCAGAGACCUCAAGGCCAUCACCCCUGGGAAGCUACUCCCCAGUCCGGAGUGCCGGCCCCUUUGGGUCUAGCACCGAUUCAUCUGCCUCUACCUCCUGUUCCCCGCCUCCAGAGCAGGCCACAGCAUCAGAAAGUCUACGGCCAUGGAGCCACCCCUGUCCUCCUCCUGUGCGGCCUGCCACCUCCCAGCAGCCACGGAAGGAGGACCAGAAGAUUCCGACCUUGGCUGAGUACCGGCUUCAUGGCACAGGAAGCCUGCCGCCUCUGGGCUCCUGGAGAUCUGGCUUUACCCGGACAGAGAGUCUGGCUCGAGGAGGUGGCGAGGGCAGCAUGGCAUCCAGACCCAACAAUGUCAACCACCUAUCCCCCCAGGCCCUCAAGUGGCGGGAAUACAGGAGGAAGAACCCACUAGGGCCUCCUGGUGUGUCGGGAAGCCUAGACCGAAGGCCACAGGAAGCUCGGCUGGCCCACAGGAACCCCAUCUUCGAGUUCCCCGGUUCUUUCGGCACAACCAACCAUCUGAAUUGCCGUCUGAAUGGUCAGAUCGCAAAGCCAUUAUCAUUGACCUGCCCCGACCUGCAGGACCCCUUCUCCUUAACUGAGAAGCCUCCAGCUGAGUUCUGUCUGUCUCCAGAUGGCAACUCGGAGGCCGUUUCCAUUGACAUCCUUCAGAAAAGAGGGCUGGUGAAAGCUGUCAACACCGCGGUGGACCUUAUUGUGGCCCAUUUUGGCACAAGCCGGGACCCUGGCGUCAAGGCGAAGCUGGGGAACAGCUCUGUGAGCCCCAACGUAGGCCACCUGGUUCUGAAGUACUUGUGCCCUGCGGUCCAGGCUGUUCUGGAGGAUGGGCUCAAGGCCUUCGUGCUGGAUGUGAUCAUCGGCCAACGUAAAAACAUGCCUUGGAGUGUGGUUGAGGCUUCCACACAGCUAGGCCCAUCCACCAAGGUCUUGCAUGGCCUCUACAACAAAGUCAGCCAGUUCCCAGAACUCACCAGUCACACUAUGCGCUUCAACGCUUUCAUCCUCGGCCUGCUCAACAUCCGGUCCCUGGAGUUCUGGUUCAAUCACCUGUAUGACCAUGAAGAUAUCAUCCAGACCCACUACCAGCCCUGGGGCUUCCUGCGGGCCGCCCACACGGUGUGCCCUGGCCUCUUUGAGGAGCUGCUGCUGCUGCUACAGCCCUUAGCCCUGCUGCCCUUCAGCCUGGACUUGCUGUUCCAGCACCGGCUGCUGCAAAAUGGGCGGCAGCAGCGGCAGCACAAGGAACUGCUGCGAGUGUCCCAGGACCUGCUGCUGUCCGCACACUCAACACUGCAGUUGGCCAGGGCCCGAGGCCAGGAGGGUCCUGGAGACGUGGACAGGGCGGCUCCUGGAGAGCGGGUGAAGGGGGUGGGUGCCUCAGAAGGUGGAGAAGAGGAUGAGGACGACUCGGAAGAGGUGGCGGUGGUGCCGGGUAGCUCGGAUCACGGCAAGUGGGCCCGAGGGGGUCAGGCUGGCUGGUGGUACCAGCUCAUGCAGAGCUCCCAGGUCUACAUCGAGGGCACUGCUGAGGGCUCUAGAUUCCCUCGCAGUAGCAGCAGUAGCAGCGGCGGUGGUGAGAAGAAGAAAGGAGCUGGCGGUGGGGGGCCAUCCCAGACUCCACCCCCUCCGCCUCGGGAAGGUGUAGUAGAGGGGGCGGAGGCCUGCCCUGCCCCAGAGGAGGCCCUUGGCCAAGAAAGGGGCUGGCCUUUCUGGAUGGGGAGCCCCCCUGACUCCGUGCUAGCUGAGCUGAGGCGGAGUCGAGAGAGGGAAGGGCCUGUUGCCCCACCAACGGAAAAUGAAGGGACCCCAGAGCCUUCACCUGGGGGCAUCAAGUGGGGACAUCUCUUUGGUUCUCGAAAAGCUCAGCGGGAAGCCCGGCCCACAAACAGGCUGCCUUCGGACUGGCUGAGCCUGGACAAGUCUGUGUUCCAGCUGGUAGCACAGACGAUGGGGGCCCGUCGGGAGCCCGAGCCCCGGGAGAACCUGCAAGAGUCACACCCUCCAGCUGUGCCCUCCAAACCUCCGUGCGAGGUGCAGGCGCUGUGCCACCAUCUGGCUACAGGCCCUGGACAACUGAGCUUCCACAAAGGAGAUAUCCUCCGGGUGCUGGGACCAGCAGGAGGAGAUUGGCUGUGCUGCAGCCGUGGCCCUGACACUGGCCUGGUACCUCUGGCCUAUGUGACAUUGACCCCAACUCCAAGUUCACCUGGGAACAGCCAAAACUGAGGCCUUGUGCAUGCUGGUGGCCUCAGGGACCCUCAUAUCCCCCGAGACUCAGAGCCUGAGAGUCUUUCCCAAGCCCUUAGGCUUGGCUACAAAGUAUGCUGAGAGCUGGGGGCCACAUAUCUCUGUGCUGGCGCCUGCUCCCCGUGCUCAGUAUUAGUCACCCCUCCUCAGUUGUCCCAGACCUCCACCCGGAGAAGGAGAGGAGGGACACAGUGCUGGGCUGCCAAGAGUUUUCCUGGCCCAGCUGGGCCAACAUUUCCAUGGGUGUAGACAAGUCUGGAAGGAGGUGGCCCAGAGGCCAUUUGUAGGCUCACUUGGCCGGAUGAAGUGAAGAUGGAUAGCAGUAUUGGGGCUAGAGUCCUAAGCCCCCCUGUGCUGUAAAUAGGCAGCGACCAAUGCCUGGUCGUCAGAAGAGGGAGGAGGAGCCCAGGCUUCUGUUUAUGUAUUUAUUUAUUUAUUAUUUAUUUAUUACACCUAAUAAUAAAAAGGUGCUCAGCCUCCAAA